AUGGAGCGAGGAAGGGAUCGAAGAACUACUGAACAGCACCUGCCAGAGAUUGAGGUCCAGGUCAAACCUAGAAGGACAGCCUCACUGAGCAACCAAGAGUGUCACUUGUACCCACGGCGUUCUCAGCAACAGCAAGUUCCCGUGGUGGAUUUCCAGGCAGAACUGAUUUAGGCGUUCUUAGCUGAGACACCAAGAGGUGGUUAAAGCAGUAUUGCAACUUCAAGG